ACACGGCAACAACAAGAAUCAGCUAAGGUUAAGCGUGCAUAUUUGAUGACUCCGCCGAGAUAAAGGCCUUCAGUGUAACAAAGAGUUUUUUGGCAUCGCCUUGCAAAUUUCUUUUAAGGUCUUAUUCCUACAGUGCCAGGAAAGAACCAAAAAAAUGCAAGAGCCUUGACACCUCGACAUUUACCGUUGAAGGUAGACCUAGAGAACCACCCCUUUUUCGUGACUUUUGUGACCCCGAAAUCCAUGAACUAUCGACAGUAGCCUACGCCUCCACGAACGUACGUUACUACAACUGUGCUCAAACUUUAAGGAAUAGAAUAUCGCGAUCGGACAACCCAAGUCACAGCGCGGAGUCGUUCUUUCUGCUCCGCUUCGUUACCUCUGCAACUCGUCUGCCCCACCUACCCCGCACACUCUCCCAGCCCAUUGAAAGACGAAGAAGUGUCGCAGAACUUGAGCUGACUUGAUCCUGCGUGCCCAGAUCCACUACUCUUGGAGUAGUAGUAGUAUUUUUCAAUAUUUAUUUUAUUUAUUCAUUUUUAACGAUCUACGAAUGCUGACAUGGCCAUUUCGAUUUCUUUCCAUUGUCUGGGCUUCAUCGUGCUGGCAGCCGUGUUCAUACAGACCAUCACGGUUGUUGUUAGUAUGAUGUAUUUAAACAACGUGCUGAACACGAUGAGACGGAGCUUCUCCCACAGUAGCAUGUCAUGUUUGAUGGACGCCAAUCUGAGAUCCGCGCCCGGGCUUGAGGAUCCAGAGGACGAAGCGAAAAAGAGCGACCCCUGCUGGCAACUCACGCAACAGCUCCACUACCGAAUAGAAAAGACUAUGGCUGAGAGACUCCAUAAGGACAUGUUCAUGCUGAAGAAAAAUAGGCUAACCGGGGGGCUUCCCGCCCUGUCCCCGACGGGGGUCCGUCGCGUUGUAGCGGCCCAUGUGACUGGCGUCCCCUGUUCCAGCCAACCAGAGGUUUCCCGGGGCAGCAGGGGGUACCUGGGGGAGCGUGUGGGGCCGUGGGAGGGUCACCGUGGCCUGGCCUUCCUCCAGAACAUGGAGCUGGGGGGCUGGGACCUGCUGGUUCCCCGGGCCGGCCUGUACUUCAUCUACUCCCAGACCUAUUUCAGACUGCCCUCGGUGGGGGAGGCAGCGGGGGAGGCCCGGCAGCAUGAAGACGCACAGCUGGUCCAGUACAUCUACAAGAAGAUGAGUUCCUACACCGUCCCCAUCCUGCUGAUGAAGUCCUCCCGCAGCGUGUGUUGGCCCCGGGGCCCGGAGCCGGGGCUCUUCUCCCUGCACCAGGCCGGCACUGCCCACCUGCAGCCCGCCGACCGUCUCUUCAUCACUGUCAGCAACGUCAGCACUGUAGUGAUGGACGGCAGGACCAGCUACUUUGGGGCCUUCCUUGUGGGUUAAUUGCUCCGUUCAGUCGACGUCAUUGGUUGAUCACAAGAGGAACAAUCAGGGCAAAGGCUUGGGUCUGUUUUGAAAUGGACUAAUUCCCAAAGAGCAGGCUGUGGGAUUUCACGUUAGUCUUUGUGGUAUGAACUACCAUGGGUGCUGGAUCCAUGCUGGAACUGUGAAACUGGGAAAAUAGACUUAAAGACUACGGAGAUGUUGGAAAUGUGGCACAUCUCCAAAUGUGGAAUAUCACCAUGGAUCAGCACUUUAGCACACGUUCAGUUUGUGUCCAUUUGAUGUGAAACAUCUUUAUGUUAAUACACUGUAUUCUUCAUCGUUUUUUAUACAUUUUGUUAAUUGAGAAGAAAUUAUAGUAAUGCAGAAAAUCAGUUAGCCAUUAGAUGUGGUGGAAACUUGAUCUGCUUCAGAAAUGAAACAUGAUUCACAGCCAUUAUUCUGAAAGGCAGUGUUGUCAAUUCGUUGUUUAAUUAGCAUAAUGUCUUUACACCGUUUACUGGCUUUAAGCAGACACGUUUUGUUCCAUGUUAAAUUAUAAGGAUAUGGAAACAUUGCAGUUUUUGCCAGUUGUUGGAAAAUGUUUCUUAAUGCAAUGAUGUGUAACACGAAUACAAGCUAUUCAGUGGAUAGUUAUCUAAUUGGUGUUUCCCUACUGAACAUGACUCAACAGAGUUAUGCUAUGAAAUAUGAAGAAACUAGUGAACAUAACUAUGGCAGGACAGUGCAAGUUGGUUUCAAUCCCAGCUGUAAGGUUCAGGGUUUGAUUCCAAAUGUCCAAUUUAGCAGUAGGCAUCUUUGACUGAAGUUUCAAAGCUCUUUGAUGACAUGCAUCUUAAUUCAAACGGAAAAUAUAGCCGAUAGAUGUUCCCUAUUUGGCAGUCAGGAUAAGUCCGAUUUCAAAGCUGGUGUUCCUGAUCAGGUUACAAAUCACAAUCUGUUGGUAGAAGAAGUGAUUCUAGUUUACCCUCCUCACCUGGCAGCUUAUUGUGGCCACCCACACACAUACACACACACACACAUGAAAAAGUAAAAAACUACUAUUUUAAUUCAUGAUGUAUUGUUUUCAUAAUGUGGCAGUGAACAUCUCGCCCAGUCUCCCCAGCAACAGCAGUUAUUCCAUUUAAAAAUACGUGUGUUACAGUUCAAGUAAUGCCCAAAAGUUACACAUUGACACAAUCGCACAUUGCACACACACGUGUAGGCUCUCACACACACACACACACACACACACACACACACACACACACACACACACACACACACACACACACACACACACACACACACACACACACACACACACACACACACACACACACACACACACACACACCAUAACUGUAAAUCUAGCCACUACUUCCUGGCUUUAAGAAGAAGUCAGGUUUUUCUUUUGUUUUGACCUCUGACCUCACUUAAAAUCUCUUUUUGGUCCCCAUGACAAACACACACGAGUAGAUAACAGGCACACACAGAAAAUUAAACGGACAGAUAUGGACCCUCCCAGUUACAUGAGAGGAUCCAAGGUGCUUUCAACAAAAACCACACAUAGGCGUCCACACACCCUGGACUGGUAUCAAAAAUAUAUAGAGAUAUUUUUUUUACCACGGCCUUCACCAUGGCGAAACACUUUGACUGGGGACAAACAUGAGCAGGCCAUGGAUGUUUUUCUCUGAAUAAUAGUGUUAAUUGUAUGGCUUUGUUUCGUCUAUACGCAUAUAUACACCAACACACACCAUUUAACAAUCCGCUUAGAAAAAAUGAGUUGUAAUAUUACAGAUAUCACGUUGACUGUAAAUAUAUAGUGUAAUAUUGAGCUAUAAAUAAAUUACAAUGCUUGUACUGGUUCCUCAGAAGCUCUGUAAACAGACAUGGAUGUGUUUUUGUGUGAGGGGCUGGAAGGCUCCAUUAGUGUGGGUUCAGCCCA